AUGGCGGAAGAAAGAUUAUAUAGCAGUUACCUCUUUCUAUUAGAAAGUUUAGAGCUACCAACGACAAUACCAAUAUUAGAGGAGCAACCUGAUAAGGUAGAAGCUGUUCUCCGAGUUACUGAGAAUUUUGUUAAGAAGGUAUUGAAAGAGUCUCCACACCUAAUUCCCCCACAACCCUUAAAGAAAGUUGAAAUUCUUCAAAAGAUGAUCAAAGAGGAAUAUAUCACAUACAAAGUGAUUGGCACAGUUUCUUCAAUCUUCACAGAACCGAAUGGAACACCACGACAAGGGUCUAUGGCCCCAUUGACGCGGUGCAAAAUCACAUUUUUGAAAUGGGUAGUCCCCGAAGUGGCACUCAAAGAACUGUCUGAAUUCUCCCAUUGCCUCGUCUACUUCAAAUUCCACUUGAACACGAACACCGUCUAUCACCCCCUCGUCGUCCCUCCUAAACGCGGCGAGAAGACUUCCGUCUUUGCUACACGAAGUCCGCACCGGCCAAAUAACAUAGGAAUGACUGUCGCAAAGAUCAUCCGAGUGGGGAAGGACGAGUUAUAUUUGGGGGGAAUAGAUUUGGUCGACGGGACGCCUAUAGUUGAUAUCAAACCAUACACUUAUGCAGAUUCUAUUCAAGCAGACACUUUACAAGUCCCUGACUGGUUAAAUAACUCGUCAUCGAUAAAGUCAAUCGUCAAAUUCGAUGAAAGUGUCUUCCCUAAACUAAAACAGUUGGUACCUACUCCUUUCUAUUCAACUCUUAACGACUUCGUCGAUGUCGUUGAAGAAGUCUUAGCUCUCGAUAUUCGAACUAUACAUAUGCAACAGAAACAUACAGUUAAAAGGUAUGGCGUACUUAUUGAUCAUAUCAACGUCACUUUUGUACAAAGCGGAGACCAAGAAGUCACCGUCGUCGAUGUCGAAAAAUGUGAAACUGCAAAAUUCCAUUCGAAGGAAUAA